AUGGAGGAUCUAACAGCGUACGCGUCGGGAGCUGCUGCUGGCGGCAGUGAAGCUGCUCCCCACCGUGCCGACACUGGCGCUCCUGUUGCUGCCCCGGUCGCCCCCAGGGAACCGGAAGAAGAGUCAUAUUCGCAAGCACUGAACGCUGUUAAGGAAGCCGCGGCGAAUUCUGUGAGGGUUCACAUUCCAUGUGGUAGCUCGCAGUUUAAGACGUACAAGGGCGUGCUGACGGAGCUGUACAAACGCCUAGAAGGCAUUCAGCAAUAUCAGAUCUUCUCCAUGGACGAAGUGUCGAUUGGAGUAGUGUCGUGUAGGAAGGAACCUAGCGAUGAGCCCGUCGAGAUGAAUCUCCGGCGUAAGAUUGACGGUAUCCUCACGACGAAGGAGAAGGUGGUGAAGAUGAUGAGCGACCACGUGGAGGUGCUGGUCCCACCACCGCCCAAUGUGGAGAAAGCCAAACGAUGUACCAUAACACCAGGCCAUACGUCCCCGAGGAGUUCCGAGACGAUCCACUGCACGCCGAGACCACCGUGCGGCCAUGGUAGUGGCAGCAAAGCGAAUCAGGACCGUCGUGGGCACGAAGACGUCGGGCCAAGCGCCGAGGAAGCGCCUGCAAAGAAGAGGAAGGCCCCAAAGAAGUAA